CAGGCGCCGCUAGGAGAGCAGAUUAUGAAGCGGCGCUCCAGCAGCGGCAGUCUCCUCUCAUUGUCUCAAUGGCUGCACACGCAUUCCUCCUGUGCUCCAUCGCCUUGCUGUCUGAGCUCAGCCAGCCUGCUCUCGCUUUCUCCGAGGAAGAGCUGCAGCCAGGACUCACCUACGAUGAAGUGCCUGAACUCUUGGACAGAAGCAAAGAAAACCCCAACCACGCGACAAGAGUCACAUCAAGUCAGGAUGGCGAGUUCGGCUUAGAAAGUGAAGAGGUUACUUUGACGCCUGAAGAUGAAAACCCACUCUUGAGAAUACUGCAGCCUUUCAAGUGGCCUCAUGCAGAACUGUCUCACAGUAAGAGAAAACUGCUCCAGUCGCUGAUGGGACCUUAUGGCCCCCUGAGUGUGUCCUACAAUGGGAAGACGUGCAUUCUGUUCAAGGCAAAGCGGCUGGCAAUCCGCUACAGGAACCACACCUUCAUUGAUCUAACUGAGAGAGUGUUCAAUUCCAACGCACCAGUGGACACCAAAGGAUCUAUUUGCACCAAGGAAAAGGCCACGCUUUCAUUAAAGUUUGGUGAUGUGGAGGACUUGCGAGGUCUAGUAAUCAGGCUUCAGAUGUCGAACACCUUCUACGAAGCAGCGGGUCAAAACUGGUUCACCCUCGACAGCGUGCACAUCCACUACAACUGGACGCAGGAGGCCACAUUCAACGCCAGUGAGGUCUACGCUCCUGCUACGUCGUCCUACCACUGCCAGCACGUCAGCAGUCUGCACAAAUAUGACACACUGCUGGUGCCCAGCUCACACACUGACACGUCUGCCAACUGGCACAUUACCUUCACUGAUUUCCAGAUUCAAGCAUUCAACGUGCAGUCGGACAAAUUCGCAUCAGCCAGUGACUGCGCCACGUUCCUGACACCGGCCAUCCUCAUGGGCUUGGUGACUUCUCUGAUCCUUCUCCUGGUCUUAGCCUAUGCCCUACAUAUGGUGGUUCACCUCAAGCACAUCGACCGCUACGAGGAACACAAGGCCACCGUCUACUUUCCCCGGAGUCCAGAGGCUGAGUUGCCGGACAAGAACAGCCUGUGAGGGAAAAGGACAAGUACAGGAGGAGGGACAGAGGAGAGCAUUGCUGAGGAGGCAGAGAACAAGUCAUGGAAAAAGUAUCCUCCACAGAAUACUUCUAAAACAAAAUGCCUGUUCACAUGAAAACCGUGUAAAUCACUUAAGUAAAUGCAGGAUACGUUUUCCUUCUUUCCUCA